AUGGCUUUUGUCGACUCCGAAGACGGACGAAGUGUAACGAUUGAUUCCGAAUUGUUACGUCACGCCCUCUAUGCCGGAAAAUGGAGGCACUCGGUGGAAAAUUAUAAUUCAAGAGGAGCAGAAGGUUUAACGAACGAUUUCUACAAAGACUACGUGAUUAUUCACGAAGAUCCAGGGGUGUUGCCAGGAAGCAUCUGCAGCAUUGUUGGGUAUCGUAACCGCCAGUCGAGUUUCCACCUGAGUGCAACAUGCAAUCGUGGACAGAUCAAGGAACUACCCGCUUUGUCUCCACAAGAAACCAUUAAGGUGUUAGAAUCAGACUUAGCACAUGACUUAACUAAUGACUUAAAGGUUUCCCAAGAUGGCAUAACCUGCCUGAACAUAAUGAAGGAUAAUGUGCUGCAACGUGAAGAUAAACACCUGGAGAUGACACUUCAAUUUAAGGAAAGACCUAUAUUGCCAAAUAACAGAAGCGCAGCUGUUAUAUGGUUGUCACACCAUAAAGGAAAACUAAGCAGAGAUGAUGAGUACCAUGGAAAUAACAAGGUAUUUAUGAACGAGAUUAUCAAACGUGGUGAUGCAGAGUUUGUACAAGAAAAAUUGGAGUCGAAAUGCAAUGCUCAUGCUCAUCAGAACAUUCAAUACCAAGACAGAGGUUUCACACUAAAUAAACUACAAAGCAUAGGCUAUUGGGUUGUUGGUGGGAGUAAAGUGGUAGCAAACGAUAUCUGAAACUGUGUUGAAUGUAGAAAACUCAGAAGACCAAUAGAGUGUCAGAAAAUGGCAGAGUUACCAAGUGACCGUGUGGAAGAGUACCCACCAUUUACACAUUGUGGAAUUGACUGUUUUGGACCUUUUAUGGUGAAACAAGGUCGUAUAUGGACUUUUGUUAACGUGUCUGUGUUUGCGUGCAGUGCACAUUGAAAUGCUUGAUGAUAUGUCGACUGAUGCAUUCAUAAACAAUUUAAGGCGUUUCAUGGCAAUUCAUUGAACUGUGAGACAAAGCCGCCCAGACCAAGGAACUAACUUUAUAGGUGCUAAAAAUGAACUUUUCGCUAAAUUGUAUGUGCCUAAAGUUGUUUCUCAUCUUGCAGAAAAACAUUUUGAUUUUCUUCUAAACGCUCCACUACGGUGGAGUAUGUGAGCGACAGAUUUGGACCAUUAGAAAUGUAAUAAACUCUGUAUUGCUGCUUUGUCCAUGACGUUUAGAUGAAUCUUCAUUGCAAACAUUGUUUUUACGAAGUGAUGGCUAUAAUCAACAAUCGUCCGUUGACACUAUGUGACAUAAAUGAUCCAAGUGCACUAGAACCACUCACACCAAAUCACAUACUUACCGGAAAAUCAGAUUUUCCUGCACCACAACCCGGAGACUUCAUUCGCGAGGACCUCUUCCUGAAAAAACGUUGGGAGACGUGUACAGUAUCUCAUUGAACAGUUUCGGUUGGAUGGCAACAAGAGUACAUUGCUGCCAUUUCAUUAAGACAGAAAUGGCAUUCGGCUUGCCGUUAUAUUCGUGUGAACGAUAUAGUAAUGAUCACGGACGAAGGGUUACCAAGGAACCAGUGGACACUUGCUGUCGUUGUUAAAGUCACACCCGAUAAGGACGGUCUCGUAGGUAGGGUCAGGGUGAAGGUCGGAUCGAGGAACAGCUCCAGUGACAAUUCUCGAACGCAGUGUACAUAAAUUAGUCUUGCUUAUUGAGCAUCAGUAACUAAAUACUUUUGGAUGUAAAUUUUUAUCCUUGUUAUCAACUUAUCAUAAACUUUAGUCUUACCUUAUUUAGAUGAAAAUUUGCAUUUGAAUUUUUAGUUGAUGUGAACAUGUGUAUUUUUUCACAUGUAACUGUUCUUACAUGAGACUUAUAAUAAUAUGGUAAUAUUUAUGCCCCCCUUCGAAGAAGAGGGGGUAUAUUGCUUUGCUCAUGUUGGUCUGUCGGUCGGUCGGUCCGUCCACCAGGUGGUUGUCAGACAAUAACUCAAGAACGCUUGGGCCUAGUUUAAGAUUUUAUUAAGUAGGAACUGUAUGUACCUGGUAUUACCAUUCUGUAUGCUAAGAAGUUUGAUUUCUUGAAGGUUCAUGCAAGUUGUAUAUCUGAUGUAUUUAAUGCCUGUUAAUAUUUAGAAUUCAUUGUUUGCAAAAAUGUACAUGUAUGUUUAAUUGUUUGUUUAAAGGCAAUUAAUAGUUGUGCCCAUGUUAUUUUGGCUUUGUGUUUUCAUAAUCUUUUAUUUUUGGAAAUCAUAGAUGAUUUGGUUGGAGUGUAAAUGUCUCUUGUUAACUUUAAUUAUUUGUAAGUUUGUAGUUGACCCCAAUGCCGAGAACUGUCUUCUGCGAAACAUUUUGUCGAUACUGGUUGUAAUCAUGAAGUUGUAUAGUAUAAUGUAACCUUAGCCCGGUAUCUUUGAAACGCUUUGCACAAUUUGUCUAAUGGUCAUGAUUACACGUGUUGUAUAACACCAUUUAAAUGUGUAAAGAAGUUGAUAUUAAUUAACGCAAUUUUAAACGUCUUAAGGACCUUGUUUCAAAAACACAGGUAUUUAUGCUAAACUAUUAUGUAUAACGUAUUAAACGAAUGCUGUAUUAUAUGCUGCUGACGUAUAUUGACUGAAAUUUCUAGCAAUGUAAAUUGUGCGCCAAUAGCAUUUUUCUUUGUGUUGAAAUGCAAAAUAUAUAAUAUUAAGUGUUUUAUUGUAUUAUUUCGAAAAAUGGACAUUACUAUUUCAAUCUUCAAAUAUGUAAUGUCAGUUGUACUGUAAACAACUAAACGCAUUUAUUUCCAUUUCUUUGUCAUAACCUCUGUUAAAUUUCAGAAUCAAAAGAACGUAAUUAAUGUUUGAUUCUAACUUACAAUAUUGGAUAUAUACUUUUUGGGAACUUACUAGAUUAUAUUUUUCCCUUAAGCAUGAACCUUCAUUCUUGAACAACCAUACAUUUGUUGUAUUUGUUAAUUUUAGUUUUUACGGUUAUCAAAGAAUAAAGAACAUAUGGAAUAGUGAAUUGGUUAGGUCAAGGUCACCCUUCAAGGUUAAAGGUCAAGUACUUCUACAAGAUCAAAUAAUUAAAUAUUGGCCAAAACUUUUGAGCCGUUGUAGAUAGCAACUUAAUAUUUUGCAUACAUAUGUAUCUCAUUGAGCUGCACAUAUUAAGUCGUGAAAUGUAUAGGUCAAGGUCAUUCACAAAGGUCAAUGGUCGUAUACUUUAAUAUAAGCCAUAACUUGUGAACUAUUGCAGGUAACAACUUGAUAUUUGGUAUGUAUGUUACUCAUGAAGCUGCACAUUUCGAGGGAUAAAAUGUUAAGGUCAGGGUCAUUUUAAAAGGUCAAAGGUCAAAUGAAAAUGUCAAAAUCUGUCACAUUAGAUAUACCAAAUCUUUUUUACCAGUUGAGAGAGAUACAUCAUAUUUAGAUGCAUGUAUAUCUCAUACAGCUGAAUAUUUUCACAAUAAGCCACAAUAAAAAUGUGUUCUUAAAAUGUUGUAAUGUUAUACAUUAUUUUGUUAGAUUUUCUUUUGGUUCUAGAUUUAUGAAUAAAAUUAUGAGUUCA